AUGAAUCGUGAUAUCCUGAAGAUCGGAGGUGCUCCGAUCUUCGACGAUCGCAUCGUUAAAAUAGAGACUCACACUUACAAUCCGUACGCUAAUACUACAUUCGGAUACAGCGAUGAAAUACGGAUACCGAUUCAACAUCAGGAUCUCUACACGUUACCGUGCGAAAGUUUGCUCUACAUCGAGGGAAAGUUCAUUGUGCGAAGGAAGGAAGGAAGUACCAACUGUCCACCGAGACUGUCGAAUAAUUGCGUCGCAUUCAUGUUCGACGAGAUUCGCUACGAAUUAGACGGAGUGGAAACUGACAGAAACAGAAACGUUGGUAUUACGAGCACAGUUAAAAAUUACGUUUCGUUGACAGUUGACAGAAGCAGAACGUUGGAGAAUGCCGGAUGGCAGCUUACAUUAGGUCUAGACGCAUUAUUAACAAGUCGAUCGAUAACUGAAGAUUUUAACUUUAGCGUACCGCUUAACAUACUUCUGGGAUUUUGCGAGGAUUACAAACGUAUAGUGAUAAACGCCCGACAUGAACUAGUCCUGAUACGUGCGCGUAACGACAACAAUUGCGUUAUCGCGAGCAACGCAGACGACUAUACAUUCACGUUAUCGAAAGUGCAAUGGAAGAUGCCACACGUGGUACUGAACGACGUCAACAAAUUGUCACUUCUGCGAACGUCGGAAAACGGACGGUAUCUCAGCAUGGGAUUUCGAUCUUGGGAUUUGUACGAGUUUCCUCUACUUCAGAGCACGACCAAACAUUCGUGGGCUGUGAAGACAACGUCACAUUUGGAAAAACCGCGUUACGUGAUCUUUUCGCUUCAAACUGGAAAGCGAAACGUAUUCUCUAAGGAUACCACUCAUUUCGACGCGUGUGCUCUAGUAAACGUAAAACUAUUUUUGAACUCUGAUUUUUUCCCGUACGAUGAUAUGAAUUUGGAUUUCGAACGUAAUAAAAUCGCAAUACUAUACGACAUGUAUGCAAAAUUUGCGAAAUCAUACUACGGCCACGAAACAUACGAAGCUUUGUUGUCCGUCGCGCAAUUUGUUUCAGCCGCGCCGCUCGUGGUGAUCGAUUGCUCUCGUCAAAACGAAUCUGUGAAAAGCGCUACCGUGGACAUUCGUAUCGAAUUCGAAUGUAGGGAAAAUAUUCCAUCGGGCACCACGGCCUAUUGUCUAAUUAUUCAUGACAGAAUAAUAGAGUACAAUCCAUUGACAAAUGUCGUUCGUAAGAUUAUAUAA